CCCUUUUUACCUUCUUUUCUUCCCUCCAUAACAGGAAAAAGUUAGCCUAAAUUAUCUCUCUUUCUCUCCAUCUCUCGUGGUACAGAGCGUUAUUGGAUGGAGAAGAAGAGUGAAGGACAGGUGGGUCUGCACUUGGACGAAAUUAUAGAGUCGAUGCCCUUGUUUACAAAGGAAUUGAUUGCCGGAGGUGUUGCUGGUGGGUUUGCCAAGACCGUCGUUGCUCCUCUUGAAAGAGUCAAGAUUUUGUUUCAGACCAGAAGAGAUGAAUUUAAGAGCAUAGGACUGAUUGGAUCCGUUCAGAAGAUUGCAAAGACUGAAGGAAUUAUGGGUUUCUACAGAGGAAAUGGUGCUAGUGUUGCUCGAAUUGUUCCCUACGCAGCACUUCAUUAUAUGGCUUAUGAAGAAUACCGUAGAUGGAUCAUUCUUGGUUUUCCUGAUGUUGGGAGAGGGCCUGUUCUUGAUCUUGUGGCAGGAUCAAUUGCUGGUGGAACUGCUGUGCUUUUCACUUAUCCUCUUGAUUUGGUUCGGACAAAAUUGGCUUACCAGGUUUCACCUAAGAUGAAUGUUCAAGGGCUACUUAGUGGGGAACAAGUUUACAAAGGAAUUUUUGAUUGUUUUUCAAAGACUUAUAAAGAGUCAGGAGUAAGAGGUCUCUAUCGUGGCGUGGCUCCAUCUCUUUAUGGAAUCUUUCCAUAUGCUGGUUUGAAGUUUUACUUCUAUGAGGAGAUGAAACGACAUGUCCCAGAGGAGCACAAGAAAAAUUUAAUGGUGAAACUGGUAUGUGGAUCUGUUGCCGGUUUAUUGGGCCAAACUUUCACAUAUCCCCUUGAUGUUGUUAGGAGGCAAAUGCAGGUCCAAAGGCUCUCAGUGUCUCAUAAUGCAGAGCUGAAGGGAACAAGGGAAACACUUGUUAUGAUUGCUCGAAAGCAAGGUUGGAAGCAAUUAUUUUCAGGGCUGAGCAUCAACUACUUGAAGGUUGUACCAUCUGUGGCAAUUGGUUUUACAGUUUAUGAUAUCAUGAAAUCAUACUUAGGAGUUCCAUCCCGUGAGGAAGCUGGGAUAGAAGUGGUAACAAAUAAGACUAGUGAACAAUCAUCUUCCCACUCCUAACCAUUAUUUCCUUGGAAGCAACGUUCUUGCAUUAGUUAUAUACAAGAUCAUCAGGUGCUUAUUUUCGCCUGGCAAAUUCAUAUUUUAAAUUGACUCAAAUUAUUCAUGAUUUGAUCUGAUUUGUACAUUCUAUUUCUUUCAAGUUGUAUAAUAGGAUCUUUAUAGGUCAAAUGUACAAGACCAUAGAUUUUUUUAGGAGUUGAUCAGAUACUAAACUGUAUUGAUUUGAAUAAUAUUCCAAAGGAUCCACAUGUGUACUUGAGAUGAAAGAUAGUAAAAUCAAUAAAGAAUUUGACUGUUC